CUUGCAUUGACCUGAGACCGCUCCAGCUCCUGGGACCGCUUCGCCGCGUCUGGUGAAGCCGCGCGCGGGACCUGGAGGCGGAGACCUUAGGCGGCGGCCGCAGAGGGACGAGCCGGGCGCAGGAGGGGGCGCGCUUUCUCCCUGUGGGUCUCAGUAAUGAGGAGACUGAGUUUGUGGUGGCUGCUGAGCAGGGUCUGUCUGCUGCUGCCGCCGCCCUGCGCACUAGUACUAGCCGGGGUGCCCGGCUCCUCCUCGCACCCGCAGCCCUGCCAGAUUCUCAAGCGCAUCGGGCACGCGGUGAGGGUGGGCGCGGUGCACUUGCAGCCCUGGAUCAGGGGCCCCCGCGCGGCCAGCCGGGCUCCGGACAGCAGCCGGGCAGGAGCCCAGCGGGAUGAGCCGGAGCCAGGGACUUGGAGGCCCCCGGCGCCCUCGCCAGGCGCACGCUGGUUGGGGAGCGCCCUGCAUGGCCGGGGGCCUCCGGGCGCCCGGAAGCCAGGGGAGGGCGCUGGGUCUGAGACUCUAUGGCCGCGGGACGCCCUCCUAUUCGCCGUGGACAACCUGAACCGCGUGGAAGGGCUGUUGCCCUACAACCUGUCUUUGGAAGUAGUGAUGGCCAUCGAGGCGGGCCUGGGAGAUCUACCGCUUUUGCCCUUCUCCUCCCCUAGCUCGCCAUGGAGCAGUGACCCUUUCUCCUUUCUGCAGAGCGUGUGCCACACCGUGGUGGUGCAAGGGGUGUCGGCGCUGCUCGCCUUCCCCCAGGGCCAGGGCGAGAUGAUGGAGCUCGACUUGGUCAGCUCAGUCUUGCAUAUUCCAGUGAUCAGCAUCGUGCGCCACGAGUUUCCGCGGGAGAGUCAGAAUCCCCUUCACCUUCAACUGAGUUUAGAAAAUUCAUUAAGCUCUGAUGCUGAUGUCACUGUCUCAAUCCUGACCAUGAACAACUGGUACAAUUUUAGCUUGUUGCUAUGCCAGGAAGACUGGAACAUCACUGAUUUCCUCCUCCUUACCCGGAAUAAUUCCAAGUUCCGCCUUGGAUCUAUCAUCAGCAUCACUGCUAACCUCUCCUCCACUGAGGACCUCUUGAGCUUCCUGCAGGUCCAGCUCGAGAGUAUUAAGAACAGCACACCCACAGUGGUGAUGUUUGGCUGUGACAUGGAGAGUAUCCGGCGGAUUUUUGAAAUUACCACCCAAUUUGGGGUAACACCCCCUGAGCUUCGUUGGGUGCUGGGAGAUUCCCAGAAUGUGGAGGAACUGAGGACAGAAGGCCUGCCCUUAGGGCUCAUUGCUCAUGGAAAAACAACACAAUCUAUCUUUGAGUACUACGUACAAGAUGCCAUGGAACUGGUUGCAAGAGCCGUAGCCACAGCCACCAUGAUCCAGCCAGAACUUGCUCUCAUUCCCAGCACGAUGAACUGCAUGGAUGUGGAAACUACAAAUCUCACUUCAGGACAGUAUUUAUCAAGGUAG